AUGCGCAGGGAAGCUAGUGAAGGAGAGCUAGCAGGGAUGGAUCACCACCAUCACCACCACCACCACCAUCAUCACAUGAUCCCUGGACAGGAGCCUUCGGCCGGGGACGGUGCACCCCAGGACAACUUCUUCCUCGGCCCCGCCGGCGUCGGCAUCUUCGGUGGCGUCGGCGGCGCGUCUGGGGCCGGCUCGUCCUCGUCUGGCGCCGCGGGGGGCGCCGGGACCUCGGCGGGUGGCAGUGGCGGAGGAGGCCCGUCGCCGUCAGGGUCGUCGCCGUCGCUGAGCCGGUACGAGUCGCAGAAGCGCCGGGACUGGAACACGUUCGGCCAGUACCUGAGGAACCACCGGCCGCCGCUGUCGCUGUCGCGGUGCAGCGGCGCGCACGUGCUGGAGUUCCUCAAGUACAUGGACCAGUUCGGCAAGACCAAGGUGCACACGGCGGUGUGCCCCUUCUACGGCCACCCGAACCCGCCGGCGCCGUGCCCGUGCCCGCUCCGCCAGGCCUGGGGCUCCCUCGACGCGCUCAUCGGCCGCCUCCGCGCCGCCUACGAGGAGAACGGCGGCACGCCCGAGAUGAACCCCUUCGGCGCGCGCGCCGUCCGCCUCUACCUUCGCGAGGUGCGCGAGACGCAGGCGCGGGCCAGGGGGAUCAGCUACGAGAAGAAGAAGCGCAAGAAGCCGUCGUCGUCUACGUCGGCCGCCGCGGGGCCGUCGUCCGAGGGGAGCCCGCCUCCUGGCCCGUCCGGCAGCGGCGGGGGCGACACGUCGGCGUCGCCACACUUCAUCAUGCCGUGA